UGGAAGUUUUGCAGAAAGGAGUGAAGUGCACUCGCAGGGCGGCAGGAGAAGGGAGCAGGGCUGGCAAGCAGCUUCCCCCCCACUCACCCUCAGUGAAGGAAAGCAUAAGGUGACAUCAUGGUGCAGCAAGCAGAGAACAUGGACAUGGAUAGCAACCAGCACACAGAGGUCACCGACACUGAGGAGGGAGAGUUUAUGGCCGGGAGCCCAGCAGCCUUGGAUGAAAGUGACCCGGACUGGUGUAAAACGGCCACUGGUCACAUCAAGCGACCAAUGAAUGCGUUUAUGGUAUGGUCCAAGAUUGAGAGGAGAAAGAUCAUGGAGCAGUCCCCAGACAUGCACAACGCGGAGAUCUCCAAGAGGCUGGGAAAACGCUGGAAAAUGCUCAAUGACAGUGAAAAAAUCCCCUUCAUCAGGGAAGCCGAGAGGCUGCGGCUCAAACACAUGGCGGAUUAUCCCGAUUACAAAUACCGACCCAGGAAAAAACCCAAACUGGAGCCCUCUAAGCACACCCUGGGUCAGUCUCCGGACAAGAGUCCAAGCACCAGUGGCAAGAGCAGCAAAAUGUCCUCUAAGAAAUGUCCCAAGCUGAAAACCAGCAGCAAACCUGGGGCCAAGUCACCUCAGGAGGAUGCUGGUGGUGAGGACUAUGUCUUUGGGAACCUUAAGGUGAACAAGGCUGUGAAAUGUGUGUUCAUGGAUGAUGACGAUGAGGAGGAGGAUGAAGAAGAGGACGAGCUGCAGAUUAGGAUAAAGCAAGAAGAAGAUGAGGAGCAGCUGAGGCAGUACAAUGUAGCCAAAGUCCCAGCCAGUCCCACCUUGAGCUCCUCAGCGGAGUCUACUGAAGGAGCCAGCAUGUAUGAGGAGAUGAGCAAUGCCACCAACAACAGACUGUAUUACAACUUCAAAAAUAUCACCAAGCAAAGCACAACACACCCCACCAUCACCCUGGCCCCAUCCAGGUCUGUCUCUACCUCAUCCAGCGACAAAGAUGAUCUGCUGUUUGAUCUGAGCUUAAACUUCACCCAAAACCCUCAGGCACCCGAGCUGGGUAACUCCAACUCAGGAAACCUUUCUCUCUCAUUAGUGGACAAAGACUUGGAUUCUUGUAGUGAGGGCAGUCUGGGCUCUCAUUUUGAAUUCCCAGAUUAUUGCACCCCAGAGCUCAGCGAGAUGAUAGCAGGGGACUGGUUGGAAGCCAACUUUUCGGACUUGGUGUUCACCUACUGAAUUUUUUUUUUAAUUAUUAUUUGUAAUUUUUUUAAACUAUUAUUUUGUAUUUUUGGAAGGGGUUGGUGGGUUUGAUCAAUGAAAUUGGAGGAAAAAAAAGAAAA